CCUGCACUGCUACUACAGCAAGUCACGUCUCCGGCUUUAAUAACUGUAAGGGGCGCACACCCACGCUCAGAAUCAACCAUGCCGACAGCACUGGAAAUGAGAGAGGAUUUCAGCAUUUCUUGAAACUUUGGGGUUUAAACUUUAUUUAGAGAAGUUUUCUCGGAGCUAAGAGGAUUUUCUUGGAGCUGAACUAUUAAAAGAAACUGAGAAAAAUGCAGGGAGGAGGAGAGGCACUCAAUUUCCUGGUUGCUCUGGCAGUGAUCUGCGCUUUUGCUUAUGUCUACUCCGACGUCGAUGAUCUAACUGAAACACUGUAUGAGAUACUAGAUUUCUGCGUGGUAGCGGUUGUGAUUAUGCUUCUGGUGGUUCUUGUUUGGCUCCGAAGGCACACUUUUCUUAAAUUAAGCAGCGAAAUGUCUCGUAAGAUUGUGGGUCAGUGUAGACUCAAAUGGCGGCUCAGACGAGGGACUGUCCAAUCAACUUCAAUCAAUAGCCGUAGCAGAAGUUUUCUCAGAGCAGAGAGGACUUUCUCAAACCCAACAAAACAUGAGGAAAUGCCAAGAAUUAAGGAGGCAGUAAACGUUUUGGGGUCUCUGAUAGUGAUCUGUGCUUUCACUUUUGUCUACUCCGAUAGUGAUGUUCUAAACAAGAUACUUGUAUUUUGUUUGGUUGCCAUUGUAAAUGGGCUUCUGGUAGCUCUUGCUCUCCAGACAGGGAUGGACACUUUACUCGAUCUAAGUUGUGAAGUAAUUAAUAAAAUUGUUAAGAAUUCUGGAAAUAUCGUUCGACUGUUGGACCCAAGGGCAUACAGCUCUCGUUGCCAUUGCCAUGCCAUAAGGGAAGAAACUAGUGGUUUCAUGAUUCAAAGACUGAAACAUAAUGUAGUGAAACAAAUCCGUGAUGGAGUGUAUCAUGUCAAUGUAGAGACCAUAGGAGAUGUCAUAUAUAAUGUUGCAUCCCGGGAUGAUUCAAUAAGUAGAGAAUCCUACAAUUUGGCUGCAGCAUGCUCUAAUGAGUUUGUGUUGAAGAGUCGUUAUUAUUUUCAUCCGAACUGCAACCAAGUUUGCUAUGCAAUGGAGUACUACCAACAAAGUCUUGAGCAGUGGUUGCAAGAGAAUUCUCUCUUUGAUCAUCAAGUGAAAAAUCUGAAUCCAGAGUUUCUCCAAAUUCUUAGGGAUGUUCUGAGGGGCAUUGAUUAUCUCCACUCUGUGAAAAAGAGAUGUCAUCGAAAUUUAAGUACUUUAAACAUUGUGAUCGUAAAUGGUCGGGCAAAGAUUACAGGAAUGGUAAAUGAUGCCUCAACCUCAAAGACUAAGCAAGAUUAUCAAUUGGAUUAUCAGCACUUGGCCAACAUUGUUAGGACUUGCUUUGGGAGCGAACAAAAAAACAUUCCAACAGAACUUAAGUUGUUUCUUGCCUAUAUUUCAAGAUCAAAAGAUUCAAAAUCCAGCCGGUUUCUCAAUAUCGAAAAUCAUCCAAUUUUUCUAUCCCCUUUACAAAGAUUGUGCUACAGGGUGAUUGCUCAUACUUUCUUGUAUUUUGGAAAUGCAAAAAAGUCCUUUGGGUUGACACUAAAUGACGAACUCGAAAAAUGCAAGUGGAAGGACAAGGUUAAACUAUUUAAGGAGGUGCUUGAUCGCCAUAAGGAAUUGAAGCAUUUUUCAGGAAAACAAAAGAGCAAGUUCAUGUAUAAACAGUCUGCCAUAUCUUUUAUGAGAUUUGCCCGAAAUGUCAUUGUGCAUCUUAAGGAAAUUUCCGGUCAACAUUUAGGAAGCAAGAAAUUGACAGCAGAAGAGGUCGAGGAAGAGCUUAAUAGAUGCAUGCCUGAGUUCAUGCCCAUCUUACAUCAAGUCCUUGUUGACCAUGGCCAUCUUAUGAUUGUACAUGAUGCGGUUCUCAAGUGAAACUAUUAGGAUAUUUCUCACAAAUGGAUAUGAGACAGGUGAUCGAUGUGAUAUUGUUCGGUGGUCGUUUAAGGGAGUGUGUAUUAAUAAAUGUACAGCAACUGCUUUUGAACCUGUAUUUGUACUAGUUGUGUGUGUCUCUGUGUGUGUGUGUGUAUAUAUAUAUAUAGAGAGAGAGAGAGAGAGAGAGAUGUGGUUUAUUGUGGUUCUGGACAUAGACGGCGUACAUGUAUAGGGAAAAAAUAUCGGUCGCUUUGGUGAGGAUCCUUUUCCUUUUGACUUGUGUGAUGGAACCGAUUAAACUAACAUGAUUUGCUUUCCAAAUCAGCCUUGUUUUGAUCCAGAAAA